CUAAAAUUCUAAUCCUAAUGGGUUGGGGAAUGCCACUGGUAUCUUUUAUUGGGCCUAUGAUGAAAUGAUACCUUUACCCCCAAUUACCCUUUGUUUGGAUUCUUCUUGCUUAGUUACAUAUGCCUUUUUCCUGCCCUUUUGCUAACAUGUGCCCAAUGACAUACUUCUAACCUGCUAAUAUUUCUUGGAAGGUCUCCAGAGAGAGCCCAAUCCCUGUCCUGUAAUCACUGUAGAGCACUUUAAAGAAUCGGCGGGCAUUAAAGGCCUUCCCCUGUAUCCAGACCCCUCCAGAACACCUGCUGCAAAGACUCAGAACAACUUAGAAUCUGACUACUUGGCCAGAGAUGGCCCUUCAAGCAACAGUUCUUUCCACAGCAGUGAAGAGGAAGGGACUGACCUGGAGGGAGACAUGCUAGACUGCAGCGGGUCUCGACCUCUCCUUCUGGAGUCUGAAGAAGAGGAUGAGAACUGCAAACCUCCCCAGGGGAAGCUGGGAGGAGCCAGUCCAUUCACCCAGCCCAAAGUGUCUACUGAACAAGCAAAAGUAGUGCAAGGCGGAAGAAAGAGCCAAUACCAGUCCCUCCCACAGCUGGCCACUGAUGGUCUUGGUGAGCCAGAUGUUUUUGCCACAGCCCCCUUCAGGAGCUCAAGGGUUCCAACUGAUGACAUGGACAUUUUCUCCAAAGCUCCAUUUGUCUCCAAGGGCAAUGUGGCUCCCUCCCAGCCAGAGGAGGUGGACGUGUUCUUGAGAGCUCCUUUUACCAAGAAGAAAAGCAUGGAGGAGUUAACAGUUAUCCAGAGCUCCUCCCAGGAGCUACCUGCACAGGCCAGUCUCCUCAGUCAGGCAGUUGAUGUCCCUUUGUUCUCAGGCCAUGAGAGAGCAGGGUACACCUCUGUCCAAGCUCAGUAUUCCAUGGCUGGUUUUGUGCAACAGUCUAACCUCCCCUCCCAUUCUCUACAAGCAGCAGACCAUCUUGACAGCAUCUCCCCCAUGGGACCCUCCAUGGAACCUGGAAGCCAUUCUAAUGACAGAAACAAAGGACCUCAGCCCCAGAAAGAGGCCGUCUCAGGACCAGUUGCUGGCAAACCAUUCCGCCCCCAAUCGUUAGCCAAAUAUUCACGUCACUAUAGCCCAGAAGAUGAGCCAAGUCCAGAAGUCCAUCCCAUCGCUGCCUACAAAAUUGUUUCACAGACCAAUAAGCAGUCGAUAGCUGGCUCUGUUUCCAUCACAUCCCUUUCCUCCAGGACUACAGAGUUGCCAGCUACUGAUCCUUUUGCUUUAGCGCCCUUUCCUUCCAAAGCAGGCAAGCAGAAACCUUAGGAAAAAUACCUGAGCCUUAGGACUCUCUCUGUACCCCACCCCACCAAAACCAACCACACCACUUCCUCCAGAGCCUUUUCAAGAAGAAAUACUAUCAAUUAUUAUUUUUCAGUCCUUUAAAUCACCAAAUUCAGUUGCAGUGAUACUGAGAUGAAGCUCCUUUAAGUUAUGCCUGUUUCUUUUGUUUAUAUUGAAUUCUGGACUUUUAGGCACUUCUGUUUCCUUCAUAGAUACCUCCCAUCUCCACCUAAAGCUCUGCUUUUUUUUUUUAAACCCAGAAACUUUUAAUCCAGGAAUAUUUUACCCAUAUCCCCAGGGGCCAAAACUCUUGCUAAUUUUAUUCCUGCAGCUCCUGUUGAGUCGUGUUCCUUGAAGAGUCGAGAUGAAUUCCUUCAGGACUUGAUUUAAAACUCUUGAAAAGGAGAGAUGACUAGAAAGAAGAGCAAUAUAAAAGGCCUGUGCAUCAAGAGAAAGUAUAAUCCUGCAGCUGCUAAUCAUUCCUGUAGAACCAGCAGCUCUCGAAGAAUUUUGUGGAUCUGAGUCUGUGCAAGCCAAGCGGGUCGUCAUGCAUGAAUGUGGUUGUGUGAUGUGCAUCAGAUCCUACCCUAGGUAAAAAUGACAUGCAUAGGAGAACUGUGCUCAUGUCCAAUCAUCUGGGCAGGGCCUUCCCCACAUCCACACUUUUUAAACUAGUAUGGAUGCAUAGGCCGUGUGUGCGUGUGUGUGUGUGUGUGUGUGUGUGUGUGUGUGUGCGCGCGCGCCCUUGUAUGCACAGAAAACAUUUUCCUUUAGUUCAAUCCUAUCCCACCACACCUACCUCCACAGUCAAAUCACUCAUUUACUGGCAUUUGCCUGCUGACAUAACUGACUUGAACCAUGUUUUUAUUUAGUUUUAUUCUUACGAUAAAAUUGAAUUCAUUGGAAGGUGUAGGGAAAUCUUGCUGGAACUGAGAUUUCGGGGUAGAUUUAUUUUUUCUCCAGAAUUUGUUCCUUACUAUUAACAGAUUCUUUUUGCCAGGCUGGGGAUGUAGCUCAGAGGUAGAGCCCUUGCCUAGCACGCCCAAGGCCCAGAAUGCUGUCCUUAGUGUGGGAAAAAAAAAAUACAAAUUGCAUUUACCUGUUUGAAAAUUUGUCCUACUAUGUUUUCCCCUCAAAACAAUAGAAAAGAGAACCUUCUUACAGUUCUAGGCACUGGGUAUCAAGACUGAAUGCAGUCAGUAUAGAAUUGAUUAAUCAUGAGACUAGGCUACUGCUUGUUUUGUUUUAUUUUCCCCUUUGUUCUUGCCAUCUUUCUCUGCUGCCUUUUGAGGAAAUAUGGAUCUGAAACACUAAAUACAUUUAUCUGGAAGAAUGGAAAAGAGCUGAACCAGCUAGUGAUUAAAAACUUGAUAUUCUCUGUACUCUUUAGAUGUUAAAGUAGGGCAGACAGGUGACUGGCUUAUGGUUUUGAAAGCGUCUUUUAUUUCUGGAAGAUCUGACUCAUUCCUAGCUUUUUUCAUACCCUUUAUUUUUAGUGCCCUAAAAUCAAACCUACGUGUCCAUGGGACGAUUUCUGCUGAGGAAGUUCAAUUUAAUGGAAAAAGUCACUGCAUCAAGUUUCAACCUGAGAGCUUCCUGUGACUUCUAGUAAAUGUUAGCACUUUCUUCACUAGGGGGAGAAGUUCGGAGAGUUGUGUACCAAACCAGAUUAGUGAUUUAAGAAUUACUGGAAAUUCAUCCCAAAAGCCUAAAUGCCAAGCUCUACUGCAGUUGAUUGGGUGUGAUGGAGGGGGGUUGUCAGUGGUAGACCACAUGCUUAGCAUACACAGACCCCUGGGCUCGAUCCAAAGCACCAAAAAAAUAAAAUUCAGAGAUCUUGAUAGUAAAAUAAGAUUAACUACUUUUCCAUACUCAUUAUGUUUUCUUUUUUGCAGUUCUUGUGAUUGAGCCCAGGUCCUCAUCCAUGGUAGUCAAGCUCUCUAUCACUGAGCUGCAUACUCAGACCAGUACUUUUUUUUUUUUAAUUAGUCUCUAUCUGUUACAAAUAUCUAGGUUAAAAGAUAAACAUAAAUAAUUGGGUCAGAGCACCAGCUGUGGUUUCCCAACAAAGGUCUCAACUGUGCCUGAAACCUUUCAGUUUGGUGGAUGCUAAAUAUUUGUUCUAAGAAUUUGCUUUCUCUCAAUUACUAUUUUUGAUUUUUCUGUGUAACAGUGGAUGCAGAAUUGUCUUUCCAUUGAAUGGUUUUGGCUAAUGCAUAUGGAUCUUUGUACCUUAAACUCUUCCAUAAUAGUUAUCUAGUGAAGUUCUCAAAGGCAUGACCUAAAAGGCUAGGAAUACUCAGGGAGUGUUUUUACCUGAAAUCACAAACUCAUUAGGUCUGAUGGUGCACACUUGUAAUCCAAGUUACUUGGGAGGAUGAGUCAGGAGGAUUGUUUGAGCCAAGGAGUUCAAGGCCACCCUGAGCAGCAUACAGUGUCUUUAAAAAAGAGAGAGGGGAAAAAAGAGGAAAAACUCUGAAAUGUGGGAGGUCAUUCUAAUUCAUUCUUCGAAACAUUCAUGAUUACUCCAUAAUAGUUGCGUAAGAUGUUUUUCCUUUAAUUGAUUGUUCCUCGCAAUCAAGUGGGCCAUAUUUAUUCUCAAGGUACAAGUCAGAAUGAAAUCAUAGUGAUUUUAUUAUGUAAUAGAAUCAUUUGGGAAUUAUUUGUAACCCUUUUUCACUCUGUUGAAGACCUACAAUAGGUUGAAAUCACACACCUUUGAAUAGGGAAAUGAAUGUAACUGUAUUAUGACCUUUUUUCCACUCAGUGAUGCAUGAAGACAUUUUGUAUAUUGCAUUAAUUAUGAAUGGUGAAUUCUGAAGACUAGUACUAUGGUAGGGUUCUAUUGCCUUCCUACUGAUUGUCUUUGGAUCAUGCAGGGUAAAUCUGUCAUUUAAAAAUUAAGUGACCUUGCCAGAGGUCUUCCUGAAUCUGAAAAUCUGGAAAAUUUCAUUGUAAGGGAAAUCAGGAGUGCUUGCGGUGCUACGAAUUAGUAGCAAAUGGGUGUUUCUAGUAAUUAUACUGCAACAAUUUAAAAUUUAAAAGUAAAAAAAUAAUACAUGGUCCACAAAAUACUGCACUUUAAAAAUAUUUGUGUUGUGUGUUCUUUACUUUACACCUUUGGUAAAUACAGGAAUCUGACCUUUCGUUUCAGUGGAAAGCAGUGAGAUAGCAUAUAUUUAGAGCAUUGAGCCACAACAUGCACUGAUGAACUCAUAAAGAAUAAUGCCUGAUAACAGGCCCUAUUGAAUUAGUGAAGUUAGCUCCAAUGUGGUGGAAAGUAUUUUACCACUUUCUUGGUUGGGAUUACAUACAGCUCUUGAGCUCCAAAUCCAUGGUUAGAAAGAUGAAAAAACAAAUUGAUGGUGCAGAAGAUGCUGAAGUCCUAAACCGUAUUUGGUAUGGUCUCACUGUUAAAUUGAAAAUCUCACAGGUAGGCUAAUGUGUAUGGUUAUUGGAACAUGUUGUAUCUUGAGUUUCACCUGGUAGCUAAAGUCUCUAAACUUUAAACAAAGAUAGUGGUGUCUUACUGGCUCAUUAUUUAAUAACUUUUAGAAUAUGUACACAUCAAUAUUUUCAACUACCUGGUGGACAUUCCACUGAUACCUGAGUUGGUAGCUUUAAGUAUAAUCACCAGAGUGACCUGAUGAUGUAUUUUUCUUCCAUAAAGAAAAAAAAUCAAAACAUAUCAGAUUAUAUAUGUAUACAUUAUAUCAAAUAGGAAAUUUUAUAGAAAAUUAAAGAAGAGUGAGAGUUGGUGCUCUCAAAGGAAGGACAGAACUACAAUGAAGUCAUUUGGGUCUUUUAAAAAAUUUUAUUUUCUGCUGUGUCUUUGGAAUUGAAAUCAGAGAACACAUUUCAGUCAACUCUGAAAUGGCUGCUGGUCACACAGCAGUUUGAUCUGAGAAUUUCGGAACCCAAAUUAUUUUGAUGAAAGAUGCAUAGGAGUGUUGCAGAAAAAGAUGAGGGGGGCCCUUGCUGUUGUCCAUAAUAAACUGGAAUUCCAGUCCGCCAAUCCUUGUCUAAAGGAGUAAACAUUUACUAUUUUAAAUGGGAUCAUGUAAUAUGAAUUCUUAGUUUUUUCCAUUGACUUUGUCAACUAAUACUUGUUUUUUUUAACCACCAGAAUACUUGAAAGCUUGUUAAAGAAAACUUCACAAAACGAGUUUCAAAAUGGUUAAAAAUGAAAAGUAGUAUCUGGUCGGAAAUUGUUUUUGUUUUAUCUCUGAAAAGUCUUCCUAGCUCACAUCUCUCAUUCUUUUGCCCGCAUAAUUUAUGCCCUCAUCGUUCCCCUAUUUUUUUGUACCUGGGAUCAAACUCGGGUCUUUGCACUUGCAGGGCAGGUGGCGGAACCACUGAGCUAAAUCCCUGGCCCCUUUGUUCCCCUAUUUUUACCAUACCAAUAAGUACAUGAUAGAUGAAAGGUACUGUUGAGCCAUCAUUUUAACUUUUAGUUGCCUCCCUUGUUACAGUAAAUAGUUUAAGUUUCUGUCCAGCCUGUGACAAUCUCACCAAAUAACAAUGAAUGGCUCGCUGUCUCCAUUUCUCUUGACUAGAAGAUAAAGCAAGAUUGGCUGGAUCCCACCCUGUCUCUGGAGAUCCAACCCAGGGAACCUCCCCUUCAUCUCACCCAGAGUGCUCUAGAGUGCAGGGCCAAGUUUAUGCGUGAAGGGAGUCUGGAAUAGGUGGUAAAAGGGGGCUAACUAUUAACUACACGUGGCUUGGUCCAAUAUUUCCAUAAUUUGUAAUUCCAUAAAUUUAGUCUAAGCAAUAUUCCAAUAAGUUCUAUGUGUGACACAAUUUUGAGUUUAUAAUGAUGAUAUUGAAAUCAAGUCAGUGUUAUCUGGACUGCGUUGUAAAAGAACUAUAUGGCAAGGAAUUGCAGAAAAUUUUUUUUACCAACAUUAAUUAAUUGGUUUAUGGCUGAGGGUGUAGCUCAGUGGCAGAACACAUGCUUAGCAUGCACAAGGCCCUAUGUUUAAUUCCUAGCACCAAAAAAUAAAAGUAAAAAGUGGGAUAGAUUAGUCUUCGGAGGUGAAGGGAGACAAUGCAGCCUUUUCACACAAAAAUGGCAAAUCAGUUGUAUUCUCUGACUGCCAAAGAUUCCUAUUUGGGGAGUAUGGAUGGAGUGUGUGUGUGUGUGUGUGUGUGUGUGUAUCUGCACCUGUGUACAUGUGCAUGCAUCCCAUGCUUGCUUCUGUAGUAUUCAUUCUACCCAUCCCUCCUAAUAAAAGCAUCCAGAGAAUAUUGAGAAGUGACCACUAAGUAUCUGGCAUGACUAAAUUCAAUUCCCUUGGCCAAAAACUCAAAAUUAGAACCAGGGUUGUUUUCAGUAGACAUGGGGGCAAUUGGCUAUUCAUUGUCUAAGCCUUCUUCCCAAGUAAGCUGAUCUACAAGGUGAAACUUGGUAGGGCUUGUCCUACGUAGCGUUUGGAGAGGAGCAGUGAUCAGACACCACAAUAUCUGUGAAAUGUUACUUUAAAUGAGGGAACAUUUAAUGUCAUUUUUUAGGGGAAAAAAGCAAGUAAUAAAGGACAAGGACCAUGCUCAUCCUGUGGAGAAAAGGUGAGCUUCCUCUGGUGACUGUACUAGAUUUGACUCAGUAAGGGGAUCUGUACUGCUACAAGGAAUAUUGAGAGCAUCAGGCCUCAGAAAACAAAGUACAACCUCAAGGGCUGUGAAUAAGGGAAAGGAAGGCGGGGAGAGACAGUCAAUCUUAACAAUUUCUGUAAUACCUCUUAUUUGCAGACUAUUGGAUUGGUGUUAUUGCACUCGGUGUGAUCUAUCUUAUAUAUCUGAUAGUUUUAAGAAAAAUUGUUUUGAGUUGUAAACUCCAAUACACUUUAUUAAAAUGAACCUAAUUAAAUGAC